AUGGUUCUGUCUCUGAAUGACCUCCCAGAAGAAAUCCUUCAUUCGAUUUUAUGUGCAUCUCCACCUCGAUCUGCUGCUGCUUUGCAGCGAACCAGCCACCGAUUCGAAAAUGUGACCAGGGAGCCUUUGUUAUGGCGUCACUACUGCGAGACACAUUUCAGCUCCUGGGAUAAGCAACAUGAAAUCUCUCGGAAGCUCACUGAUUCGGUAUCAUCGGUCGACUGGAAAGCACUAUUUAUAUCAAGAUUCAAAAUCGACCGCUCCGUCUGUCGACUUCUGAAUAGUAUUCUUGCUAGCCAAACAGGGCGCAUCGAGAAGUUCCGCGCGGUUAUUGAUCUUGGAUUCGAUGCUCAGGACACUCUUGUUUAUCACAGCAAGGUAGAAUCGGGGGAAGAUCACUUGGCCAGAAGGUACUAUGCCCGAGCGCUUUUGACCUGCCUUCAUCGAAGUAUUGCAGUACCCGAAUGGGCCAAGCUCAGACGUGGGGAACCCGUCGCGCUUGAGCGUGCUAUAGCUGCUUUUGAUCUUUUCAUUCCAGAGAGUGGGUUUGGCGACUUGGAUCAGGUAGCAUCCCUUCCUCGCCUGCACCUAACUGGCACUGAUAAUCUCCAGGUUCGGGAUAUAUUGGACGGUAUUGUCGCCCGAUUUUCCAUUUCCCAUUCCGAUAUCAAUGAGCUUCGGCCCCGAGAGAAGGCUCUGCUGCUUGCGUCUUGGCUCCAGGAGAAAGGUCUUACCGGGAUCGAGCCCGGGCGACCGUAUCAUUCUUUGGAGCACAAUUUUCUAGGGCUAGCUCUGACAAGCCCCGGUCACAAUUCCUUACCAUUGAUCUCCGCCGUGAUAUAUUGUUAUGCGGCACAACAGUUGGGAAUAGACGCCCGUCCUUGUGGGUUUCCAUUUCAUGUCCAUGUCAUUAUCUCUCCACCGACUGGGUUUGACAUGAAUGGAAAUCCGCAGAUUGGCGAAGAGCCAGGUGCGCCCAUGUAUCUAGAUCCGUUCCGAGGGGCACGGGAGACCACAGUGUCUGAUCUCCGUGAUCAGUUGGUCUUUCUUGGUGCCACAGACGCCGAGCAAGCAGAGUUCCUAGGUGGAGCGCUACCCUCGCAGAUUGUCUUGCGCUGCAGCAAAAAUAUACUGAACUCCAUUCGCUCUACAUCGCAUAAUCCCAAUAUCCCGGCCACCUCGAUGGAUGUGGUGGGUGCUAAGUACGCCGCCCUGUGGUCGUCGAUGCUUCUCUCCGGGGACACUCGGCCCAUGGAGCUGAGGCACCAAUUGCCCUGGUUGAUGGAGUUGUUCGCUGCCGACUUCCCAUCCGACAUCUUCCUGGUGGAACAGCACAUCGUUCCACUUUUCCGGGGACUGUUCGAGCACGAUCAUAUCUUAGAGAGUCUCCAUGUCAUGCGAGCGGUGGAUGAGAUUCCAAAACAAGUCCGGCGACGGUCUAGUGAGAAUAAGAAUAUACGGUACAAGGUAGGCCAGGUUUUCCAACACCGACGUUACCAUUAUCGGGCCAUUAUCACUGGGUGGGACUCGGAGUGUGGUGCUGGGGAGCAAUGGAUGCGACGCAUGGGAAUUGAUCGCUUGCAAGCGGGCCGGCAUCAAAGCUUCUACCAUGUUCUUGUCGAGGAUCGAAGUGUGAGAUACGUUGCGGAGGAGAAUAUCGAGCUUAUCCUGCCGCAGUUGAUGGAACUGCCGCAAAGCCUCAUGACGAUCGCGGGCAAGCAUUUCAAACGGUGGGAUGAAACUACUCGGUCCUUUGUUAGUAAUGUACGUGACGAGUAUCCGGAUGACUAG